AACCGUCUGAUAGUGAGUCAUUGAAUGGAGGAUGUAGGAAAGUGAACUAAUAGAAUAGAAUUCGAGCUCUAGAAAGAAAUUAACCGAUUAUAGUACUUCAAAAAAGUUAAGAUUCGGGAAUCAUUCCUUUUCGAAAGUCACGUUUGAUUUAUCUGAGUUUGUGUUAUUUUAGAUCGUUGUUAAAGUACUAUUUACGUCAAACCUAGUGAACUUCGCCGUGCUUUUCCCAUUUUUUGCAACGAUUCUUGAACCUUAUCAGUAAACGUGUUGUUGAUUCUUGUUUAAGUGUUCCAAAAUGGAUGAGAACUCUCUGAAACUUGAAGACUAUGUUCUUCGGGUGCACGAAAAACUGAAUCAUGAUCAUGUAAAGCUUUGGCUUGAACCGUACCAUGAAGUGACUGAUAGUAAAAUAAGCGAUGAAGCAUUUAACAAAUUAGCCAGAAAAUAUAGUGAAGAGCUAGCUUUGGAUGAAAAGAUUUGCAAGGAAGCAUUACUGAAGCUUCAGAACAAUGCCCUCUCAAAAUUAAAAGAAAGGAAGUGCUUUGAGGAGACUGGGAAUGCAACGAUUCACGUGAAAGUAUCUGGAAUUGAGACAGUCAAGAAUACAUUCUCAGUAUCGGCAAGACUUAGUGAUUUUGUUUCAAGCAUAAGAAAUCAGAUAUCAGAAAUUACAGAGGUGCCAGCUGACAGGAUCAAAUUAAUCGCUAAAGGUCUUGUUUUAAGCGACGAUGAAACUCUCACCUCCCAAAAAAUCCAAAACGGCUCUCAUGUAAUGGCAGUAAUUUUGUAUGGAAACUCAUCUGAAGUUUCUGAUUUUGAAAAGAGAAGGAAAAUUGUUGAAGACACCAAAGCUGAUGUCAGUCUGUUAGCUGGGAGGAGCAACGAGAACAGAGAUCUCUAUCUUCAGGUCACUGAUCAAAAAGGUGAAACCUUACAACUGCCUGCUUGGGAGAGAAAAGCUCUCGUGACGGCUAUGACUCUUCAUGAAAAAGGAAGAGCAGCCCUGAAGAGGGAGGAUUACGCUUUAGCGCUUGUUCUUCUUCUUGAAGCUGAUCAUGAAUUCAGGACAUGCAACUCAGAACUACUGAAAUCCGUGGACAACUACGCUGUCCUGAAUUUAGACAUAGCGUGGUGUUAUCUAAAUUUGCAGAGUGUAACACAAUUACCAGAGGCUGAUGCAAGACUAAAAACCUGCGAGGAGAAUUUUCAUCGCAGUUACGGCCCAAAUCUAGAGCGCUUGGUUGCAUUAAAAGGAACUUCAGGGAAUGAGGCUGCACUAUUUAUGCGACUGCACUUGUUACAAGGGAUCAUUUUGUACCAUCAGAACAAAAGAGAUCAAGCCAUGCAAAUUCUCAAGCGAGCUGAGAGCGAACUCAAUGCCCUGAAGGUGGAUGACGAAAGUUUAAGCUUGCUUCUUGAAUUAGGAUUCACCGCAGCUGAAGCGAGACUGGCCCUGAGAGGUGCACAUGGAGAUGUCAAUUUGGCUGUGGAGUUAAUAAAUCGAAAAAAAGAAGAAAAAUUUGAAGCAAAGAAGAAGGAGAGAGAAGAAAGAUUAAGGAAGAAGCUUGGCAUGUGCGCAGAUGGACGGCAGUAUGUUGAGCCUAAGUUUAUGAAGCAACUGACAGAGAUGGGAUACAGUGAAAUGCUUGCAAUUCAUGCUCUUCAAGAAGCAAAUAACAGUGUCAGCGAUGCUAUCCAAUAUAUUCAGGAACACCCAGAAACCAAUUUUUUGUCCUCCAGAGAGGACAUUAUUCAGCAGGUAAAAUCUGUUGGACUGGAUGAAACUGCAGUCAAAGUAGCUCUAAAAAAACACAAUGGCAACUAUCAGAAAGCCAUUAACGAUCUUCUCCAAAACGCACACACUUUUUUGUCAGCCGGAAUGAAUGGGUCAUGCUCAUUCUGGGACAGUCAAAACGAUGCGGAAGAGUUGGAGAAGGAGAAAGAGGCUAUCAGUAGAAUUGCUGAUGAUUUGAAUGUUGAGGCUGAGGAUCAUUUAGACCUAACAUUAAUUCAAGAAGAGCAGUUUCUCAGGAAGUAUUUAGAUUUACUACAGUAAAUUGCUCAGAGUGGAACCUUUUUAAUGGCUGUGAAAGGAGUUAUCAUUUUUUCUCUUUCCUAUUCCAGUUUUAUCUCAUCAUAACGUUUCUCAUGACAACAUGUUCCCAGAAACAGAAUUCAUUGUUUCAAGGCCCUGCCAACCAUUUCUUGAUUAAGUGCAACUCAAAAUUAAGUUUUUCUGGAGACAUCGUUCUACUUUCAAUUCCCCUUUAAAAACGUUAUGACAGGAUAUGACUGUAAUUACUUUUCUGCAACCAUUUUCAGUUCAACAUUUCUACAGUGGAAAUAUUUUUGUUGGAGAUUUUUUAGUGUUAUACUUGGAUCCUAUCAUUGUGUGCUAUUUUUUUAAAAUUGAAAUUGUUUGUUUUUUCCCUGAAUAUUUUAUUAACUCAUUUGUAUGCAAAUACAUUUUCUUUCAAGUACAUUGCA